AUGGAAGAUAGCAAGUACGCUAAAGAAUUGGACGUGGCGGUUAGAGUUGUUCACAUGGCUUGUUCUCUUAGCCAGCGAGUGCAAGAGGGCUUGGUUUCUUCCAGUAGUAAUGACCAAGUUAAGGCUAAAGAUGAUGAUUCUCUUGUUACUGUUGCAGAUUGGAGUGUUCAAGCAACAGUUAGCUGGAUGCUGUCGGAAUCUUUUUGCAAUCAAAAGGUUUCCAUAGUUGCUGAAGAAGAUGUUCAAACUCUCUCAAAGUCCGAUUCAGUUGGUUUGCUGACAGCUGUUGUGAAGACUGUGAAUGAAUGCUUAGCUGAAGCACCAAAAUAUGGUCUUCAGGGUCCCAGGAAUGCUCUUGGAGCUUCAGAAAUCCUUGAGGCCAUAAGCCGAUGCAACUCAAGUGGGGGACGCAAUGGAAGGCAUUGGGUACUCGAUCCUGUCGAUGGAACAUUGGGAUUUGUGCGUGGGGACCAAUAUGCUGUAGCUCUAGCAUUGAUUGAAGAGGGAAAAGUUGUGAUUGGAGUUCUAGGGUGCCCUAAUUACUCUACGAAGAAAGAAUGGCUCAAUCAUCAUCAUCAGUACUAUCAGAGCAUGCCAAAAUUGUCUGAUACUUCUGAUAAAUGGGAAAAAGGAUGUGUGAUGUAUGCGCAGAGAGGCAGUGGUGAGGCAUGGAUGCAGCCAUUAAUACAUGGAGAUCAGAAAUUUAAUUGGUCAGAUUCGUCGCAAAGGGUCCAAGUUUCUCCCAUUGAUGAUCCAGCACUCGCAACCUUUUGUGAACCAGUGGAAAAAGCUAACUCGAACCAUUCCUUCACUGCUGGAGUUGCUCACAGCAUGGGGCUUAAAAAACAGCCCUUGCGCGUCCAUAGCAUGGUGAAAUAUGCAGCCAUAGCUCGAGGUGAUGCUGAAAUCUUUAUGAAAUUUGCUCGGUCAGGGUACAAAGAGAAGAUAUGGGAUCAUGCUGCUGGGGUUAUCAUUGUAGAAGAGGCUGGUGGUGUGGUAACUGAUGCUGGAGGUCACCCCCUGGAUUUCUCAAGGGGUUUGUACUUAGAAGGUCUUGAUAGGGGCAUAGUUGUUUGCUGUGGGACCACCUUGCAUGAGAAGCUCAUUGGAGCUGUUUAUGCUAGUUGGGAGUCUUCGAAUCUGUGA